AUGGAGGUGCCCAACACCAAGGUGGGGCUGGGGUGGGCAGGGGCACUGCUGAGGUCUGAGAGGAGAUGCUGCGGGUGCUGCAGCAGAGAUGAGCAGGCAGCCUGCAGGGUGGGAGCUGAGCCCUGUACCAACGCGGCUGUUCUCUGGCAGCUGCAGCGAUCCGCCUGCCUCCUGCUGCUGCUGCUGCUGGUCUGCUCCCUGGCCGGAGCCCGGCAGAGCCUGCCCGAGUGCUGCCGGCAGAAAACCUGCUCCUGCCGUAUCUACGACCUCCUGCACGGCAUGGGCAACCACGCCGCCGGCAUCCUCACGCUGGGCAAGAGGAAGAGCAUCCCGCCAGCAUUCCAGAGCCGGCUGUACCGCCUGCUGCACGGCUCCGGCAACCACGCAGCGGGCAUCCUCACCAUGGGCAAACGUGAGGAGCGCCCCGGCACCGCCUGCCGCGACGCACUGAGCUGCGCUGCGGGCGCUCAGCCGACAGUGGCCCCGAGGGGCACUGCUGCCAGCCCCAGAGAGUGCCAGGAGCACGCUGAGACGGACUUGACCAAGGGCUGGGGAGCGGCGAAGAGCUUUUACUGAGACGGGCUGCGGGGCGGGGCGGGGGUCCGCGGGGGAAUCAGCGUAAAUAGCACUUUUAAAUGCCUCCCUGUGGCCCCGGCCAACGCUGCUCGGCACCCUCGGCC